AUGCUUUCUAUUGCCUUGUUUUUCAUUGCAAGAUAUCUACUCGACCGUUAUGCCAAAAUGGACUUGUUUGAUGUUCCAGAAGGUAAUGGAGAGUGCAUUCCUAAACAUGCGUAUGCUUUUAAAUGUGGUGUUGUUUCAUCCCGACUCUGUCAAUUUAUCUCAAAAACUGUCAAAGAACUUGACUUGUACUUUAAAACUGUGGCCGAUACGCAUUCAUCUGCCAAGACCUUAAGUAGGCGUGAAUUGGAUGAAAUGGAAAGCAAAGUGCAACAUACAUUAGACAAGGUGUUUUCUAUUGCAAGAUUAUACGCGGAUGAUUGUGAUCAACAUGCCAAAGAUAACAAGAUAUUACUGAAUCAAGCAGUAACAGACUGUCUGCAGCAAAAUAUGGAAUUUCAUGUGAUUAAAUAUACAUGGCUUAAGAUGGUCCAUUUAAAUGGGAUCAUUGAUAAAGGACUGUUGUCAAUUGCCAAUAUGAAUAUGUUUGAUGAAUACUUGGAUGAUCAUUAUAAUGAGUCUGUCAAUGAAAUGAACUAUAUUUAUCAGAAUUAUUUUAAGAUUGUGUGUGAUGAGCUUGAACAAUUAGAUGAAUGUAUUGCCGCCUUGGGUAUGGACAUAUCUUGUAAUAGACCAACCAAACCAUCCAAAUUGAUCAUCCACGACCUCUCAUUUUCUGUGCUUGAGAAAUUAAAAUUACUGCAAAACCGUUGUAACAGCUCUUCCAUGCUUAUUCGAAAAUUCCGAGUCUAGGGAUAAAUUUAUUAUUUUACCAAAACAGGCAUUUGCCUGUUCUCUCUCUCUCUCUCUCUCUCUCUUUCUUUCCUCUCCUUUAUUAUUAUUCAAUAAACUACUAUUUUUAUACAAGCUUCUUGGCCAUAAAGAAAUUCUUAAAGUAAUGCAUUUGCCAGAAACAAACAACACCAAGAACAAUGAGUUGAGCAAGAGUCCACCAGACAACACGAGAGUUGGUAAGUUCAGAUUGAUCACGGAAAUCCUUUUCACGGUCCUUCAUUUUUUUUUUUUUUCUCUCAUCGUUAAUGCACUGUGUUUAAAAAAAAAGAGGGGUGGUGGAACUUACAUGUUGAGCGCUUUGUUCGAUUUGAAUAUCUUCAACACGUUCGUUUAAUUCAUGA